UUAUUCUUAAUAAUGGCUAUACCACCGUUUCCAUCGCAAGAUUUGGCUAAACUCGUUCUUGGGUACCUUGCCGAAGAACAGUUGAUGACCGCUUAUGAUGAGUUUUUGCAGGCUAGCCCGUAUUUAGAUGCCCAUAGAAAUGAAUAUGACAGAAUCCUUAUGACAUCAUUAAAGAAUAUUCUAGCCGAAUAUAGAGCAGUUAAAAUUUAUGUGGAAACAUGUAAGCCAUUCUUGUUGCGAAAAAAAUUAUUUCAAUGUUCCAAUUUGUUGGAGAUCGUCAAGAUCCUUAUCAGUUACGUAGAUGUAAAUAGGCUCUAUGCGCAUGAAACAAGUACAGAAAAGAUAAGCUUCAAACCAACCACAAGGUGCAUCUGUGAAGUAUGCAAUUCUUUAAGUCUAGAAACCUGUAUGUGCAAGGCUAAGUCCCUUAAAUCAGUAUCAACUAUACAUCCUGCUAGUCAAAUAGAGGCCUCUACUUUGGAUAGUUCGAUAGAAGCAACAUCACUUUCAGAUUUGCCUGGUAAUUCAGUAACAAAAAGCUAUUUAGAAAAACCCAAGGAUUUGAUUGUAGAGACGACACUGUCAAGUACUAGUAGUGUUUCCCAAAAGGAUGAGUGCACUAAUUUGAAAAGUUGGAAUGUAUUAAGUAGUACAAACAACAACAAUGAACAGCAAUUGUCGACUGCCAUAUCACAAAAUUCAAAUAAUUUUAAUGAUACUAGUCAGGAUAUUAUCAACAGAUCUGAUGAAUCGAGACAGAAGAUAGAAGAGUUCAAUAAUGUAUUGAGUUUAGUUUGUAGCAAUAGAAACCGUUCACUACCACCAGGAGGUAGUAAUUCUAAUUCCCAAGACUGUGUAAAUAAGCUUAUUUGCAAUGCUGGCACUUUUCAAGAAUUUGCAACUGGAGUUAGUGGGAGUAGUGAUAAAGAAAAAGCAAUUGUUCCUGAUUCGAGUACUUCGGAAAUCUACGUCAAAGAGAAUAAAAGAGAAAACACAAUAAGUACAAACCCAGUAACAAACAUUAAAGGGCCACCUAAAUCCCAGUACUUGUUAAAAGCUGGAACGUCAAGGACUCUAAACAUUCAAGCAAAUAAUAGUAAUGAACAAUCUUAUACAUCAAAAGUUGAUUUUGUAAAAAUCAAAAGUAAAAAAUUAGAAGACCCAAAAGUGAAAAUACUGUCGGAUGUCAAAGUAGAUAAAAGCUUUAAAAGCAAUAAUAAUAUAACAACUCAUCAAAAGCCUCUAACAUCGACUCCUUUGUUUCAAAUGCAAACAAUUGUAAUAAAUGGAACUCCAGCUUAUAAACAAAAUCCAGAAACUGGUACAUGCUUAAACUAUACCAGAGACGAAAUUAUGGCAAUGCCUACCAUUAUUCUUGUUCCUGCUCCUGGUGCUUCACAGAAUACAAAAGGACCUUCGAUUCAAACUUCAACAUCCCAAUGUUUGAAUACUGUUACAACUACUGCUUCUACAACACGAACUUUAGGUCCACUUUUGAUAGAUAUUUCAUCUGAUACGCCUGCACCUAUACCAAUUUCUGCGCCUGUACCAAGUUCUGCGACAUUAGAUGAAAAAGCAUCAAAAGACGUCCCUAAAGCGACGUCUGAAAAUAGUUCAGUUCAGACCAUUGAUAUCACACAUAGUUCUGUCCCAAAGGACACAAAUCUUACAGUUUCAAACAAGACUAGUACACCUCAAAUCUUACCGCCUGCUAGAAAGUCCUCGUCCACGCCUCGGAGAACAUCACAUAUUAGAGUUUUAGAUUUUACAACACCGAGAAGAAUACUACAUGAAACUAUUAAUACCAAUGAACAAGAGCCAAAUAAUGUUGUGCCUUCGAAUAUAAUAAGUAAUGAAAAUACUGAAUUUCCUCGUCAAGACACAUUCACAAAUGUCAAAACUUCAACAAUUCAAAAAGCUGAUGCAAAUAGUUCAAUUAUGAAUAUGUCAACAAAAGAAAAUAGCAUAAAAAUAAAGAAAAAUAAUUGGGAUGCCGAAUUACGAGCUCUUGCCAUACGAAACGAUGAUAGUCAAGAUUUUACACCAAAAUCUAAUCCAGUUAAUGUAAAAAAAAGGGUUUCACAAAAAUAUGAGAGUAUUCAGGAGAUUAAUGAGUCGCAUAAAUCUAAGAGUAUGAAAAAGAAAUUAUCACCUAAAAAGAAAAAAUCGAAAAAAAAGGUUAGUUCGAUAGAAGUUAUGGAAGAAACGCCCGUUGAAAAAGGUCCUGAAUCUUCAAAUAAUAAAACUCCUGAAUGUACCAUAAAGCCAACUGUUAAUAUAAUAAAAGAUUCAGAUUGGAAUACUAUGGAAUCUAAACACAAAUACAAUCAAGAAAUUCAUCCAAAAAAUAUUCAACAAGAUGUAGGAAAAUUAAACUACAGCGACGAAGCAGUUGAUACGCCCGAAAACGAAAGGUUUUUAUUACAAAAUGAAAUUGGGGCAAGACUUAACAUAUCUGAUCUCUUAGAGACUCCGUAUAAACAAGUGUUAUAUGAUAUUCAAAUGGAAACUCCUAAAUUCUUAGGUCCUGAUAUACCCGGUGAACCAAUUUCAGAUAUUAAAAUCAUGAACAUACCUACACCUCGAUUUCUAGCUACUCCUAAACCAUUACAAGCGACUCCAUCGUCUUAUUCAUCUCGACCUACCGAUUAUUCUAGUGGAGGCUCUUAUUAUAAACCGGACGAUCACGACUUUAUUCCAGCACCGGAAGUAUUGGAGUGUGCCGUUACUGUGAUAGAAGAACCGCUUAAGGAUCUAAAAGAAACACGAAAAGUAACAACUAAAGUAACAAAGAGUGACACUAAAGAUAAAUCUCAUAAAACUAGUCGACCGCAGAGAAAGUGCACAAAAAACGUAUCUUAUAGAAGUCAAAAUGUUACGGCCAGGUCUAAAGAGAUUGAUAGUCCAGAAAUAGCUUCAGUUUCUAGUGAUACAAGCAAUGUGAGCUCACGGGAAAAGAAACCAUCUGAAACAAAAAGCAAAGUAAAUUCAAAAAACAAAAAGGAUAAAAAUAAAGUCGCUAGUACACAAAAGUCUCCAUUGAAAAAGGAAACUCCAAAGAAAUGUAUUAGAAUCAGACCAUUUAAGAAAACUCCAAUUAAGGGAGCACCAAGUAAAGUAAGGAAAAGUACUUCAGAUUUACAGACGCAAUCAUCAAAGUCAAUUUCAAAAAAGAGGACAUCUAGUAAGGAAAAGGGUGCAGUAAUACAGCCAGUCAUUAAUGCUUUCCCAACAAAAUCUCGUAGAAAAUCGUCUACACCUAGAAAACUCCAAUGUACUAAACCUUUUUCUUCUGACAGUGUUAAUCGAAAUUCAUCAGAUUUGUCCAAAAACGUGUCAGUUACAGGAACUGCUAUUUCAUUUUGUCCCCAGGAUUCUGACAAUGAACAACAACCUUUGAGAUGGUCUGACGAUGGUUCUCAAGAUAUGAAAUCAAAGGAAACUGAAUCUAGCGGCGAUGUUGAUGAUAUAAGUAAAAUAAGAGAAUUUAUUGAAACAUCAGAGCCUGAAAAGAUCAAAUCAAAAAAUAACAGUGAAGGAAGUUUGCAUAUUGAUUUAGUGAAACGAGGUUUUGAUGUUGAGACUGCAAGGAUUAUUGAAAGGGACUUGCUUGAUGCGACUCCUAUUCAAGAUACUUUGACAGAGACAAACAAGGAAACAUGUAAAAUUUUUAACUCAAAUAGAAACGAUAUUUCUGAAAAUAUUAAUGAGAAGGUUGAAACAGAUAACAUUGAUUCAAAUAAUUUGCAAAUAGUCCAUGAUGAGAUCGAUGAAAAUGACGAUGAUAUAGAACUUUCAGUUUAUGAAUGUACUGAGGAGAGUGAGAAUUUUAUUACUUGUGAAUUUGACGAAUCAAAGUUUGUACCCAAAAGUGAUACUUCGAAAUUAAAAGAUAAGUUUUGUAUGGAAGUAUGUAUUGAUGAUGGAGUAUCGAUAAGACUUAGACCGACGCCGUUUCAAAGUCUCUUAGAAGAUGAUUCAACUGAAUUACAUAAAGAAUAUAAUUCGAUUGAAACAGAAGCAGCAGUGAUUUCAAUUUCAAAUAUAGAUAAACUAUACACGCCAAUAAAAGAUCGAAGGGCUGAGUGUUAUGAAAUAUUUGAUUCAACAUUGACUAGCAUCGAUACACCAUUGAAAGCAGAAAAUUCAAAAGAAACUGUCUAUGAAACAACUGUAACAGACAUAAUCUUAGAAGUAGAAAAUAUAGAUACGAAAGAUAAAUCAGAAACAAAAAAGAGAAAGAGGGCACAGAGUGGAACGUCGGACGAGUCACUAAGUAAGAAAACAAAACCAGACACUCACUAUUUACUUAAUUCUGCCAAUAUACAAAAUAUUGAUAUUGAGUCAGUAUUAAGUAAGUUGCAUGGACCUUAACAGACUGAAACUAUUUUAUCAAUGUAAUUUUAAAUGAAUUAAUUUUACAAGUGCACACAAUUAGAUUUUCAUUCAAUAUUACGUUGAUCAUGUGUAUUGUGUAAAUAGAUUCAUCGUCAUAAUCAUAAGUGAAUAUUGUUGUGGUAUGUUUCUUAUUUGAAAUAAUAUGAGUGUUAAUCAGUGUUUGUUAAAUGUGUAAGACACAAUUUUAUUGAACUUUCUUUUUAUAAUCAUUACCAGGUAAUACAGAUCGAUAACAUGUAAAUAAUGUCAUGCUGUGAAAAUGUGGUAGCCACUUCACCAAUAAAAAUAAUUUUAAGUUAAA